AUGCAGUCCGGGCUGGCGCCGUGGCAGGUGGUCAAGGCGGUCAAGGUGUACUUGUACCCUCGGGUUGAGUACGCCCUCCGGCACCUGAGGUCGUUUGCUCAGCAGCUGGAGGUUUUUGACCGUCAUCUUGUACGCGGCCUUCGACACCUGCUACGGCUGCCCACUAGCGCCACGACGGCGUUCUUUUACGCUCCUGUUUCUCGUGGUGGAUUAGGGUUCUUACCCUUGACGGAGCUGCAUGGCGCCUUGCAAGUUGCGCAUGGGUGGCAGAUGCUGCACUCUCCUGACACUGCCAUCCAGCGCAUAGCUCGCCAGCAGCUCCGUCAGAUUGCUGAAUCAGGAUACAAGCUGGACGCCUUGGCAUGGAGGGACAGAGAGGAUGAGCUAGGCGAGCUCCUCCUCAACAGCAAUCUGGGGACGUCGGACCCAGCACCGCCCAAGCGAAGGAAUGCUGACAUUGGGUCGCUGUGGUUCGACGUCCGGGGUCACCUUCACCGCUUCGGCCUCAAGUUUGAGAUGGCGCCAGCGGUGGAGGAGACGGGGACGCCGGCGCAGAGGUUGCAGCUUCGCGUGCCCUAUCACGCUGGCUGGUUGGACCAUCGGGAUGUCCAUCGGCACGUGAAGCCUCACCUCGAGAACAGGCACUAA